UCUCCUGCCAAAUUUCUGUUUCUUUCCCCAGGCCUAAAACACACAAAGCCCUUGAAGAAGAAGAAGAAAACUCUAGGGAGAUUGAAUUCCAAACCGUCUAAUUUCAUGAAGUAAUUUCAAUACCAGGUAUAAUCUCUCCGCGGCCAAUAUGCGCUCCAAGGACAGGAUUUCCUACUUCUAUGACGGAGAUGUGGGCAGUGUUUAUUUCGGGCCGAAUCAUCCAAUGAAGCCGCAUCGUCUUUGUAUGACGCAUCAUCUUGUUCUGUCAUAUGACUUGCACAAGAAAAUGGAGAUCUAUAGGCCUCAUAAGGCUUAUCCUGUAGAGCUUGCUCAGUUUCACUCGGCAGAUUAUGUGGAGUUUUUGCAUAGGAUUACUCCGGACACUCAGGAUUUGUACUUGAAUGAUUUGGCAAAAUAUAAUCUUGGAGAAGAUUGCCCAGUCUUUGAGAAUUUGUUCGAGUUUUGUCAAAUUUAUGCGGGUGGAACACUAGAUGCUGCACGUAGACUGAACAAUAAGCUGUGUGAUAUUGCUAUAAAUUGGGCUGGUGGUCUACACCAUGCAAAGAAGUGUUCGGCAUCUGGCUUUUGUUACAUUAAUGACUUAGUUUUGGGGAUUCUGGAGCUUCUCAAAUAUCAUGCCCGGGUUCUGUACAUUGAUAUCGAUGUGCAUCAUGGCGAUGGAGUGGAAGAGGCAUUCUAUUUCACUGAUAGGGUGAUGACCGUUAGCUUUCACAAAUAUGGGGAUCUGUUCUUUCCUGGAACAGGUGAUGUUAAGGAAAUAGGAGAAAGAGAAGGGAAGUACUAUGCGAUAAAUGUCCCACUCAAAGAUGGAAUAGAUGACUCCAGCUUUAAUCGACUUUUCAAGAUAAUUAUUGAUAAAGUAGUCGAGACAUAUCAGCCAGGUGCUAUUGUCCUUCAGUGUGGGGCAGAUUCACUUGCCGGGGAUCGCUUGGGCUGCUUCAACCUCUCCAUUGAUGGGCAUGCUGAAUGUGUAAAAUUCGUGAAGAAAUUUAACAUACCCCUUUUGGUUACUGGAGGCGGUGGAUAUACAAAGGAGAAUGUAGCUCGUUGCUGGACUGUUGAAACUGGGGUUCUAUUAGAUGCAGAGCUCCCUAAUGAAAUUCCAGAUAAUGAUUAUAUCAAAUAUUUUGGUCCAGAUUAUUCAUUGAAGAUUCCACACGGGCAUAUAGAAAACUUAAAUAGCAAAUCAUAUAUCAGUACAAUCAAAAUGCAAGUGAUGGAAAGCCUGCGCAGCAUCCAACAUGCCCCAGGUGUGCAGAUGCAUGAGGUUCCACCGGAUUUUUACAUCCCAGAUUUUGAUGAAGAUGGACAGAAUCCUGAUGAGCGGGUCGAUCAACAUACUCAGGACAAACAAAUCCAACGGGAUGACGAGUAUUACGAAGGUGAUAACGACAAUGAUAACCCAGAAGAUGUAUGAAGUUUCACGUAUUCCCGCUGUACUAUUAGAGUAGGUUCUCCACUUUGUAGACAGUAAUGUGCUAAACUAGUAUACGCAGGUUGAUUAUAAAUUAAGGUAUUCAGUUGUACUUAUUUGUGGUUCUAACUCCGCUGUAUAAAUUCCAACAGUGCCACAAAAAUCGGUGCUUGUAUCCAGUUAGUAUUAGAUUAUUAGCCGUUCUUUAAGAAAUUACAGUUACAUUGUACAAGGCUAUUAGACAUUUUGAGGAAUUACAGUUGCAUUGGAACUUUUUCUCUUC